GGCUCGAAGGCAGUGCGCGGCGACUCGGUGUGGAUAUGCGUUGGCAUGUCGGAUCACCGACGCAGCAGGCGGCCCAGGCACGCACGCGCAAGCGUCGGCCGACCCGCCGCCCCAAGGCGAGGCAACAUCCCCCCGGCUGCGGCCUCGGCCGGGGCCAUCCAGUUCCCUGCCGUCCCCGUUCCCCUCCUUCUCCCCUCCCUACGCCGCCCCUCCCGUCUCGUUUUCUCCCUCCCUCCGGCCCGCCCCUCUCCGACCACCAUGUCUUCCUCUGAUUUCGCGGUCCAGGACGGCUCCGCCGAGUCCUCCUCGUCUAGCGAGACCUUCUACGUCCGCUACUUCAUGGGUCAUAACAGCCGCUACGGCCUGGAAUUCAUGGAGUUCGAAGUUGCCGGGACAAGCGGAAGGAUGCGUUAUGUCAACCAGAGCAAGUAUCGCCGUGACAAAAUCAUCCGCAAGGAGGCCUACCUGAGCAAGGCCAGCAUCCAGGCGCUCCAGCAGAUCGUUGCUGAGAGCGACAUCGUCGAGGAGGACGACAAGCUCUGGCCUCGGCCCAACAACAGCGGCAAGCAGGAGCUCGAGGUUGUCCUGGACAACAAGCACAUUUCCUUUUCUACGAGCAUGAUUACGUCGAUGCGCGAGAUCCAGGAUGAGAAGGACUUCGAGGGCCUGCAGACCUAUUACUACUUGAUCCAGGAGCUGCGGAGCUUCAUGAACGCCGUCAUUAGCCUGCACUUCAAGAUCAUCCCCUACUAAGGGCCCCGAAAUGAUGGGGGGUCCGUCGAAAAGUCCCCCCACCCCCCUCUCCCGCCCUGUCGAGUCGGCCGCCCUGCUUGUCACUUGUUGUCGGCUUCGCCCCGGUUCCCGAAAGUCAAAUGAGGGUACUCCCCAAUAGAGCACCCUGUCCGCA